GAUCAAACACUAAUCGGAUUAAUUUAGUCGCCUUACUAACAGCAGCCGACACUAGUAUUUACUCUACAAUAACUUUAUAAUAAAAAAAACUCAGCUCAGCUAAGAUAAUUAUCGAUGCCUUCAUUAAUUGUCUCACUUUAAUUAUUCAAAAGCAUUGCCUUUUAUAACUAUUACAAUGGAAAUGUCGGUUAGUCUCAGUCGGUCGACGGACCUGCAGUCAGUGUCGGGAAACAUGAGGAAUAUUCUACUAUUAGUCCUCUUCAUAGUUUUAAGUGUAGCCCAAAGCAGCGUUAUACCGAACGAAACUAAACCUGUACAAGAAGACGUAACAGUUACAACCGAAAAUGGGACUGUGAAGAAUUAUUCUGAAAAGGAUACGAAAUCGAAACACGAUGCUAAGGCGAUCAGUGCGGAGAGUAGGGUGUAUUUGGAGGAUGUGUUCCAUAAUUUGAAGAACCAGAACUGGACGAAGGACGAGGAGCCGUGCCUGAAUCAGACGCUCAAGUUGCUGAAAGGAUUGCAGAACUUCAGUCUCUGGGCUGUGUGGGAAUGGGACUCAAUAGCCUCCGAACCGGUGGGUCUGCUCGCCGGCAACUUGUACCAGCUGGGCAACUUCGACGAGUGUCUGGACACGCCCUGGCGGACCACCCACCCUGAGCUGAGGAUGCAGUACUGCCUCGCCAGCAUACAGCUGGAGAGAACUGAUUCCGCUGUGAAGAGGAAGCUUAAUGAACCGUUCGAUCCUUAUUCUUCGGCGCUGGAUUAUAUUCAGGACCGCCCACACCAUCUGCGUCCCCUCACCGAGAUCACGUGGGGCAUCUGCGUCCCCCAGUCCUGCUCGGGCCGCGCCAUCAGCCGGCUUCUGGCGGUGACCCUGGCCCGCAGCCACCUCGGCACCGCGGGAAUGAGGCCCCGCAUACAUGUGAAACAAGACUUGUGUCAGAACGAGGAGGUUAGGCCGUUCGAUCGAGGGUUCUACUCUUUUGUGAUAGUAGCUGUAGUUUUGACAAUUAUAGCGUUAGUCUGCACAUACUUGAACUGUGGAAAGGAUAAAGCCGAGUCUAUCAAGGGUCGAAUGAUUGAAGCUUUUUGCAUACGAGCAAAUGCCAAAGAUCUUAUGCGAAUGAAGAAAGAAGGUAUCGAGGUCUUGUACGGGAUUCGAUUUCUGACGAUUUGCUUCAUCGUGCUUGACCACAAAUUCGGAAUGAGUGGAGCACUGGCGUUGAGCAACGGUCGCCAAGUGGACACGGACGCGAUCUCGUCAGUGCUGGGCAUGCUGCUGGUGCAUGAUGACCUCUUUGUGGAUACCUUCUUCAUGCUGUCGGGCUUCCUCGCCGCCAUGAACAUGAUGAUGUUCCGCCGCUUCCCCAACCCCAUAGUGCUUAUUGUGAAGCGGUACAUCAGGCUAGUGGUGGCGCUAGCCGUGGUGGUGUACUACACGGCGGUGGUGCUGCCCUACUUGGGCUCGGGCCCGCUGUGGCCACUGGCGGUGCGGAAUGAGAGCGACAUGUGCCGCAAGAACUGGUGGCUCAACCUGCUGAUGUUGAGCAACUAUAUCGAUGUGGAGAACACGUGCCUCGUGGUGACCUGGUACAUCCCGUGCGACUUCCACCUCUUCGUGGUGUCUGUUUUCCUGGUGUGGCUGUACAGGAAUGGUCUGCCGAAGAUUAGCAUCACCCUCUCCACGGUCGUCGCCGUCGCGUCUAUUAUAGUACCAGGAGCCAUCGUCUACGCGUACAAUCUACCAGGAGUGCAGCUGUUCACUUAUGAGUUCAUCCGCGACCCUCGCAGCAGCCUGCAGUUCGCGGCGACCUACGUGAAGACCCACACCCGCGCCUCCGCCUAUGUGGUCGGGUUCAUCAGCGGCUGCGUGUUCGCGCACUACCGACAUACUGGCAACCUGAAGAGGAUCUAUCAGCCAUGGUCCUCAAUCGGGGCCGUAUCCAGCCUGGUUCUAAUGCUGGUGGUGCUGCUGAGCGGCUCGGCGUUCCUGUCGCGCGACGUGUCGGCGGCGGCGGCGGCGGCGUACGCGGCGGUCAACCGGCCGGUCUGGGCGGCUGGGGUGGCUGCGCUCGUGCUGUGCUGCGCUCUGGGGCAUGUCCCUCUCAUAAAGUCGUUCCUGAGCUGGUACCCGUGGGUGCCUCUCAGCCGGCUGGCGUACGGCAUCUACCUGAUCCACUCCGUGCUGAUCACGCGCACCAUCUUCACCUCGCGGGACGCCAUGAGCUUCGACUACUUUGAGAUGUUUGCCCAGUCAUGGAGUUUGAUCUUCGUGAGCGGGGUCAUUGCCCUGCUGAUCUGGCUGCUGGCCGAGGGGCCCGCCAACAACCUCGUCAUGAUCAUCAUCAACCCACGUCGUUUCAACCGUGACGGCGAGGCAGAAACAAGCAGCGAUGCCAGUGCACCUCACAAGGAGCCCGCGCCCGGGCCGGCGGGCACCCCGGCGCCGGCCGGGCACCUGGCGGACAACCUGCCCAGCUCCAUCAGCUUCCACUCUAAGUUCUAGGACAUAGUUAGAGUACCUAAUUUAAGGAACCUUUUAUAAGUUACAGAAAAAUUAUGACUCUAAAUUUUCAUCUCCAAUUGAAAUUAUGUUACAGAAUUUCGAUUGUUAAGGUGAUGUGGCCACGUUCUAUUACAGUCUGCAAGUGGUAUGCUGCAAAUAAAAACUAAGUACUCACUCUUAAUAAAAUUGAAACCUUCUAAGAAUGUUGACUUUGUAAACCUGCAGCUAAAGUUUGAAUAAGUAGGU